AUGUCCAACACCCCUACUAUCAUAAUCGUGCCCGGCUCGUGGCAUUGCCCAAAACAUUACAAGUACCUCAUCGAUGGACUGGCAAAGUUCAACUACGAAGCUGUCGGUGUGACAUUGCCGUCUGUUAAUUCAAGCCCUCCCCAUGCCAGUUGGGAUCAAGAUGCCCAAGCAGUCCGUGAGGUUAUCAUGAAGAGCCUUGAUAGUGGCAAUGAUGUCAUUUUGGUCGCUCACUCGUUUGGUGGCGUUGCCAUGUCCGAGGCCGUGAAAGGGUUGGGCAAGAAAGCGCGCGAGGAACAAGGGUUAAAGGGCGGCGUUGUGCGACUGAUUUACAUGUGUGCCAUGGCGUUGCCUGAGGGCCAGACUCAUGUCGGUCAGAUCCAGCCCCAGACGCCCGAGGAGGAGGAGCUGGAGCGGCAACGCCAGGAGUUACAGGAAAAAUACGGAGGCAUGCGUUUCACAGAGGAUGGAGCCAUGCUUCUAGAUAAGGAGGUCAUUCGAGAUGUCUUUUAUAAUCGCUGCGAUCCCAAGGAUGUGGAUGAGGCAGUGGAUCUCCUGGGCUCAUUCCCAACGGGCCCUCUAACCGUGCCUGUGACUUACACGGCCUACCGUGAGAUUCCAAGUACGUACAUCGUCUGCGAGAAUGACAAAGCGCUGCCGGUGUCGUAUCAAGAGAGAAUGAUUGCACAGGGUGAUGGUGUUUUCCACCCCAACGGGUGGACUAGUUGGAUUUUCAAUACCCUCGCGGCGCCAGUAUUCAAGUUGCGACGCAUGUCGACGAUCAAAACGACCACGGAUUUUCCCGACAUACUUCUGGAUACCGCAAGGCCAGCACGACAUCAUGAUGAGAUUGCCACUUCUCUUGUUACACAUCGCUCGGGCACGAUACAACGUCCUUUCCCGCUUAAUCCUCAGCUUAGUAUUGGGGGCUCCCCUAGCAGUCCUCUCUAUCUACUUAAUUCUAAAUUGAACGCAACAAUUCUUGAUGGGUGCCUGGCCCGUAUCCAUGAUACUAUCGUUACAGGUUGUGCGUCCAGGUUCAUAGGCUAUGAAUGCAAUUUAUACAAACCUGCAUGUCACUAUCAAUUAGGGGAUGGCGAGAGUGGAAGCCUGCAGGAUCAAAAGCCUGUGCAAGCAGACCCUGUUACAAAAGAAAACCUAGCCAAAACUCCCACUUCAAUGUCUCAAUCGGAUGUGCCUCUGAUCACUCCCGGCCCCUCAUCUCGACAACUAGGAGCUACAACGCAGGGUACUAGCCACAAGAUGACAAUAAUGGGAGCCGUUCGGUUCCUUGAUCAUUUCAGCGAUCUCUAUGGCAACAGACUUACUGUUCCUGCUCGCAGAAAGUCAGACGCUGUUUUGAAAGCGGUACUCAGAACAUUCUCACUUCAGUGGCUAUCUCCUAACGAUUCUUCCACCGGGGCUCAAUUGACAACCAGCUAUAACAAUACGGUUGGCAGAGACGCACCACGCGAUUUACCGAUCGACAUUUUUUAUGAUAGUUGGUUUCAGGCGCGAUCACUUAUUAAUAGUGCGCUUCCUGUUCAAUCCUUCAGAGUCAUAUACGCCAUGUUAAUGUUUGAUGGUAUCUCUAUUCCAGCGAAGGCGACCGGUGAGACACUCGUAGCUCAUGAAUUUCUUGAAGUGGGGUUGCAGAAGCUGAAUUGCUUGACUGGGCUUGUUGACCAGUACUGCAUGAACCUGGGACCACAGUCUACAUAUGGCGCUAUUAUGGAGGCGAGUCUGAGUGUCGUCCGAUGGUGUGCUCACGUUCGUGAUAUAGGGGCAGCACUCACAGCAAAUCACAUAUGCAAGCUUUCUGAUGCUUCAAGCAAUGAAAAAGGUCAAGAGGCUUCUUUGGAAUAUGAGCUAAUGUCGCCUUGUUCCUUUCAUCAGAGCUUCAAUCAAGACUUCGAUAACAGUGUUCCGGAUAUAUGUCGUACAGCAGUUGCAGAGGCUUUCCGUAUCUGGAAACGAAUAGUUUCAAUAAAAGGCUCCCUCUCUAGUCCGACCAAAUAUGACAUUGAAUUAUGCCCAAACCAGUCUAUGGACAUUAUCUCAACGAUUACAGCAGUUGGUAAAUUCAGGGAAGCGUUUGGUUCCUUCCUGGACUUCUGUAUAGGAAACCUUGAACAUCUUUCUAUGCGCUCAAGAUUGUCGUCUGUCUCUAUUUUGAUGUUCUGGAACCUUGGUGUGUUUGUCCUCAAAGAGGCUUUGAAACCUACUAUGAGGGGAAUAGACCCGCCUUGCAGUCACAGUGUCUUUUUGAAACUACAAGCAUACAGCGAGGAGGCGGCUUUAUCAGUGACACAGAUAGUAGAGCGCGUGCUCUCGCUGCCUUUUGAGGAGAUAUUCAACCUCCAGAACGGCGUUAGUGGUGAGGCUUCGGUACUCUCGUACCAUAUUACCCCUACGCUGGUAGCGGCUACCUUCCAAAAAGCUAUCGAGAACAUACUCGAUGUGCAGUUAUAUCCGCCUUGUGGUGUGGGCGCACUGGAUGACAGACCCUUCAACCACCAUGCUGACUCCACCUGGAAACAACAUAUCGAUACCAUACUGAAAGGCCUUAUUUCGCUUGAUGCUACGAUUGGUGGAUCACAGACCUCAGGUGUGGCAAUACGAAGUCUAAUGCAAAGUUAUGGGGAUAUCAUAUCAGAGUGUUGGUCUUCUGACUUUAAGACUUAA